AUGUCACGUUUACGCAAUACAUCUCGUUUGUCAACACAAACAUCAACAACAAUCAAUUUAACUUCUCACACAUUAACUAACGAAUUGCAUGAAAGAAAAACAAAGGCACUUGAAGGUGGUUUAAAUAAGUUAAAAGUGACAGUACUUUGUGAUCAAGCAAAAGCGCUUUCUGAAACGAGUCGAACUCAUUUUAAUAAAGGAUCCGCACAAUAUUCGACCGAUGAAUCCCAUGAUAAACCUUCAGGACGUUCUGUUGAAACGAAAGUAUUCACAAUUCAUACGAGCAGUAAUUGUGGUCAAUGCGAGAAAGAGAAAGCAUCAGUGAAAUGCCUUGAAUGCGGUGAGCAUUACUGUACUCCAUGUUUCGAGCAAUUUCAUACUCGAGGUGCUUUACAACGUCAUCAUUAUGUUUCACUAACUGAAGAGCCAACAUCGCCAAGGAAAACACAAUCGCGCCAUAAUGAUGCUAGUCCUCCAUUAUCAUCUUACCGACAGGAAAACAACGAUACAGAAAGACGAUAUGUCAUAACAGUCAAUAAAAACACUCCUUCGUCAUCUCGGCAAGCGUUUACAACUAGUAACAAUCCUAAUAGAGCACGAAGAACGUCGUCUAAACAGGAAGUUAUUACUUCGAUUCAUGCUCCGAGUGUAGAUCAAGAGAAACCGUCCUCGAGAUUACCGACAAUCGAUAUGAAUACAAUAAAAACGACUUCGAAUGAAAAAUCUUUUACGAAAACAUUUCGUUUAGUCGAUCAAAAUACUCAAGCAGUUUACGUUGACCGACCGAAAAGAUCCAAUGUCAUCCAACAGCAGCAGCAGCAACAGCCAGUAAAAAUCCCUACGAAAUCUCAUUCAAGAACUUCGAUACCUGGUCGAUCUAAUAGUGAACAUUUGAAUAGACAUACUACGGAAGUACGAACUGCUCAAAGAACAUACGGUACAAUGAAUGGAAAGCCUCGAAACAAUUCGAAGAGCACGCAAUCUCAAUCAAGUGGAAUUAAUCAACGAUUAACAAAAUCUUGUUCUCGUUCGCCUAGUUUAUUACUAAAACAAGAUUCAACUUCUUCACAACUGAAUUUGAAACAUUCUCUUUCACCCAGAAAAUCUGAUGAUAAACAACAAUUACCAAACAACUCUCCACCACUGCUUCGUCAUCAACCGAUGUCGACUGUCUCUGAUUCAGUGCGAACGCCAGAUAUUCAAUCGAAUGUCAUCGAUGAAUAUUCCAUCGCUCGAUUCAAUUCAGUUCUUGAUGAUAUUGUUGAUAAAACCAAAUUAGAAUUAGCAAAUCGAAUGAAUCGCCUAUCGGAAUCAGUUCUUUCUGUGAAAUCAGACAAAGAACACUCUUUCACACGUCUCAUUCCGAUGGACCCGAUAGUAAAACCAACGAAGCGCGAUUCUCCGUUUAGUUUUUCAAACUCCUUAAAAAAUACCAAUCGAAUUCAUUCGGCAUCUUCGAGAAAUGCUGGCGAUGAUGCAUUUUUCACUGAUGUUCUACCUCAACAAGUGAUUCCAUCACCAAGCCAUCCACCAUUGAUUCUCGAAUGUUCGUCAUCAAACAAAUGGCAUGAGGAAGAAACAAGGAUUUUAUCAGCCAGCAGUUCAAACCAUUCGAUUCUUCUCGAUGAAACACCUCAACAGUCAACCUCUCAGCUGGAUAAUCAAGGGCAACAAAACUCAUCCGCAUUAUCCACUUCACUUCAUAUUGCAUUAGCAUCAUUGGAAACUGAUCUGCUCAAUCCAAAUAUGGAACCAUUGGCAACAUCGUCAAGAAUAAACUCUUCCGUAUCACAUAAAUCUCCUCCACUAGCAGCGCCAACAAGAAAGUCUUCCAUAUCAGCUUUAAGAGACCCUUCGCCUCUACCAGUCGCUCGAAAUUCUUCCUCUUCGAAAUCCACUUCGAAAAGUUCAUCUCCGUCACCAUCAACACCAAAAUCAAAUAGAUCUGUAUCAUCGAAAAGCCUUCCAUCUUCUGAACCAGUUAUCGAGCGAUUUCCUUCAUCAACAACGAUUUCUGCGAACGAGCAAAGAACGCUAUCAUCUAAUAAAAUCCAUGAAAACGCCUCGAAACCAACGAAUUCUUCCAAUGUACCGAUCUCUUCAACCGUAGUUCGAAAUGAAAAACACGUUGUACAGAAUUUACCGCCGAAGAAAACUCUUCCGCACCCUCCUCGACAGAUCACCGCCAGUGACGAUUCAUCAAAAUACCGAAAACUCGAAUUUUCUCUACACACAGGUGUAAAGUGGGAAGAAGCAUCCAUCGAAUCAAUGUCUUCCACAAGAACAGUGUCUUCGUUUCAAUCUUCACUGAUUCCUAUCCCACAUACGCAAUUUGCAGAAGAUACGAGUAUUUCUGAAAAUGAAGAAUAUUCUAGUCCAUUUCCAUCAAAUAUAAAAGUAAACAUGCAGAAUUCGGAUCGUCAAACAAUUCUCAAUGAGAAAAAUACGAACGUUCGUGGGAAUACUCAACUAAUAUCGAACAAAAAUGAUCUAAAUGCCUUUCAAACUCAGUUACCAGAGAGUGAAAAUCUUGAUCCGGUGAAUGGCAGUGAUAAUGAAUCAUCCAUUUAUGAAUGA